CUUCAUCACUGGUCCAUCUGUAGUUCCUGGCUACUUCUCAGUUGAAGCUGAAAAUGUUGUGCUAGUUCUGAAUGGAAGAGAAAAAGCAAAGGUCUCUUACGCCACUCAGUGGUUGCAUUACGCACAAACGUUAAUUCAGACUCACAAACUGCAGCAUGUGGCGGUUGUGCUGCUUGGAAGUGAGCAGUGCAACAAUGAAUGGAUUCAACCAUAUCUGAAAAGAAAUGGAGGAUUUGUAAAUCUACUCUUUAUUACGUAUGACUAUGCUUUGGUAAAUGAAGAAGAUAUUUUCCAGUGGCCUUUAGGAGUAGCUACCUACAGAAAUUUUCCAGUUGUAGAACCCAGCUGGUCAAUGCUACAUGAUCCAAGAUCUUACCUAUGUAAUUUCUUAGGAACAGUUUAUAAGAACUCUUCUAGGGAAACGCUAAUGGAAGUUCUGCAGCAGGAUGGGCUUGACAAACUUUGCUGGAUUGCAGCCAGAGAACAGUGGCAGCCUCAAGAAACAAAUGAAAGUUUCAAAAACUAUCAAGAUGCCUUGCUGCAGAGUGAUUUGACAUUGUGUCCAGUGGGAAUAAAUACAGAAUGCUAUAGAAUUUAUGAAGCUUCUUCAUAUGGAUCUCUGCCAGUUAUAGAAGAUGUAAUGACACCGGGCGAUUGUGGAAAUUCAUCCAUGUACCACAGUGCUCCAUUACAAUUAUUAAAGACCAUGGGGGCUCCAUUUAUCUUUAUUAAAAACUGGAAAGAGCUUCCUGCUGUUCUAGAGAAAGAAAAAAAACUGAGCUUACAGGAUAAGAUUCAAAGGAGAAAAAAGCUUUUAGAAUGGUAUCGAAACUUCAAAGCAUGGAUGAGACAGAAAUUCAUUAAUACUCUGGAAAAUUCAUUUUUGCCCAGUGAUAAAGGUUAAAUUGUCCCUUUUGAAAAUCUAGACUGGAUUGAAAGUUUAAUUUCCAUUAACCUUCUGAGGAAGGUUUUAUACAAAAGUGAUCUCACAGGGCAGAUGCAUUCCUUUGGAAGUCAACAGAAUUGCACUA